UGCUGCGGCAGAAUGUUUUCUUCUGAACUCAGAGGCGCCGAGGAAGAAACACCUACAGCGGCCACGAACCGAGCCUGCCUGCCGUCUCCCCAUCUCCUUACUGACAUCCACCGAACAUCUGCCAUCUGAAGAGUUGGUUUGGUGCCUCAGAAAUAGUCGCAGACGGCUCCAGUUACUCAUUUGCGUCGAAAAGCCCAUCGCUGCCAUCUUGGAGCGGAAGAGAGCGGUUAGCAUCAUCCGGGCGGAGGGCCGUUACUGGAACAGGAAGCUAAUCUGAAACAAACAUGGACCUCGAUCUCUUGUGUGCCAAGAAACACUGUGGGCCAAAUAGAAGAGCUGCUCUGCAUGCUCUGAGAAGGAAGAGGUGGUAUGAGAAACAUCAGCGGUAUGUUGACCAUGCUGUUAAGGCCACAAGAUCGGCUUCCAAAAACAAGGAAAUGACUGAAGUGAACAACAUGAUAAAGGGCAUCAAACUGGAAGAUGAUAUGACCGAGGCGUCAGGCAAUAUCUACAAGUCUGUAAACCAGGAGUUGGAGCAGGUCGAAUUUGUUGAGGAUGAGCUGCUGGCAGAGCUGGAGAGACUUAAAAAAGCUCUGGAUGAGAGCCUCUUGGAGGUCAGCAGAAAAGAGGAUAAAGUCCAUCCCUCUCCAGUGACGUCCUCAGCUUCACCUUCUCGUCCUGGUGCUAUGGAAGAAGAUGAGGUGGAAAACGAGGUUGAGGAUGGGGUUCAAGACGGGGCUGAAGACAAGGAUGAGGAUGAUGAUGAAGAGGACUUGGAGUACCUUCGCCGUUGGGCGAGUGAAUCCUUGUAAUCCCAACAUCAGGCUCAACUGGCCGGCUGUUACAAUCAAGAGGAAAGCACAGGACAGAAUAAACAAACCUCUGUUCA